AUGAUGAACAUUGCUGGUUCUUGCACUUCUUGCCACCUCACCACAGGAUGCAAGACGGCAAUGUCAAACGUUGUCAUGGCAAUUGCGGUUAUGUUCACAUUGUUGUUCCUCACUCCUCUGUUCCAUUACACUCCCCUGGUUGUUCUGUCUGCUAUUAUAAUAGCUGCCAUGCUUGGCCUCAUAGACUAUGAAGCCGCAAUUCUCCUCUUGAAGGUUGGCACGUUUGACUUUGUUGUCUGCAUGAGUGCCUGUAUCGGUGUCGUUUUUGGCAGCGUUGAAAUCGGCCUAGUCUUAGUGGGCCAAGGACUUUUGUUCAAGGAAACCUUCCGAAUUCCAUAUAUGGUUUACAUAAAUGUUGAGCAGUAUCCCAAUGCAAGCAAUGUUCCUGGAAUUCUCAUACUUGAGAUUGAUGCUCCCAUUUACUUUGCAAAUACCAACUACUUAAGAGAAAGGAUUACAAGGUGGAUAAAUGAUGAGGAAGAUGGGACCAAAUCUGCAGGGGAAAGUAGCUUGCAAUAUGUGAUAUUGGAUAUGACUGCUGUUGGUAACAUAGACACAAGUGGGAUAAGCAUGUUUGAAGUGGUCAAAAAGCUUGUUGACAGAAGGGGGCUCCAGCUUGUACUGGCGAACCCGGGAAGCGAGGUGAUGAAGAAGAUGAACAAGUCAGAGUUGAUUGAGAAUACAUGUCAAGAAUGGAUUUAUCUCACAGUUGCAGAGGCUGUUGCAGCAUGCAACCUCAUGCUUCACUCCACCAAGCCCAACCCCGGCAAAGAUCAAGAACCAGCUGCAUGGAACAACGUUGAUGGCUUUGGCUGUGAAUUUAUGUAUCAGAAAGCAAUAUCCACAUAA